GGUGUGUGUGUGUGAGUGUGUGUGUGUGUUUGCAUGUGUGUCUGCUGCCUCUCACACAGUUUUGGCUGUGGUCGGCCCGAGCAGACACCAGUGCCUGACGUCUGGAGAGAGGAAAGGCAGAGACAGGUAGCUUAGUUCGGGCAUGAAAGAUGGAGCUCUCGGCGGUGGGAGAUCGCAUUUUCGCCGCGGAAGCCAUACUGAAACGCCGCGUUCGCAAGGGACGACUUGAAUACCUGGUGAAAUGGAAAGGAUGGGCGAUGAAGCACAGCACUUGGGAGCCAGAGGAGAAUAUUCUGGAUGACAGGCUGAUACUGGGCUUCGAGCAAAAGGAACGGGAAAGGGAACUGCAUGGGCCGAAGAAACGGGGGCCAAAACCCAAAAACUUUGUCAUGAAGGCUCGUGCUCAGAAAAGAGUGACCAGUGGUCGAGCGUCAAAUGCCCGCCAGACUACAUCGCGCUCCUCUUCGUCCACUUCCAGCCAAGCAACUCCUUCCUCCUCCACCUCACCUCAUCAUUUAGCAUCUUCGUCCUCCUCUUCCUCAACCGUGGCACCAUCUCCUAAACUCAAUUCCCUUGCAGCCACCCACAAGCUGAAGAAAGACAUUCACCGUUGCCACCGGAUGUCCAGGCGCCCUCUGCCCCGCUCAGACCCCAUGCAAACCACCUUCUCCAACCCGGGUGGCUUCCCCUCCCGCCUGCAUGUUUCCCCUUUCUCUGAGACUGUCCGCAUCCUCAACCGUAGAGUCAAACCCCGGGAGGUCAAGAGAGGUCGGAUCAUCCUCAACCUGAAGGUCAUUGAUAAGGCAGGCCGGGGUGGCACGGCUGCAAGCAGCAGGAAUGUUUCAUCGGGACGCCAAAACAUCCCUUCCCGCAAUCGCAUCAUUGGGAAGAAGGGAGAGGCACCCUACAGACCUUUCCAGCCCCCUCUGAAGAUGCUGGGGUUCCCAAUGUAUGGGAAGCCAUUUGGGCUGCAAUGUGGAGGCCCUCUGCCCUUUCACUCCCACCCUGGGACAUGCUCCACCACAGGAGCCAGAGACACCCGCUCCACUUCCUCCCAGUACCAGUCACCUCCUUCACCUUCCAGCUCAAGUGGCUCUGAAGGAAAAUCUCCCACCAACACCUCAGCUGCUAAGUCCCAGCCCUCCACAGGAGCCUCACCUCUCACCGAGGGUCCCAAGUCCAGCACACCUCACACAGAGACCCAGAAGGGCCAGAGCACCAAGCCAGCUGCUCCUGCCCAAUCCUCGGAUGCAGACCCUGUGGCGUCAGAAUCUUCCUUUCUCCCCUCCUCACCCUCGUCUUCCUUGGAUGACGAGGGGGAGGAGGAUGCCCUGGACCGUUCUACGCCCCCGGAGGGAUGCAGGAAAAGUCCUCGCCAACGCAGGGCUAAACGCCAGCUGCCUGCCGCCCCUGGGGACCAGAGCUCUGCCCCCGCCGAAUCCAAAAGGGUGCCUGCCGAGGGAGACCCCGACUGGCACCCAGAAAUGGCACCGAGCUGCAAGGAUGUUGUGGUCACCGAUGUCACCACCAACCUCGUCACUGUCACCAUAAAAGAGUUCCCCUCCCCUGCCUCGUGCCCUGCCUCACCCUCCGCUGUCCCUGAAGACGCCUCCUCCCCUCCCCCCAGCACCACCACUGAUGACCCCUCUCCACCCAAGCCAUAGGAGAUCAGAAGAUAUGAAGUCCGUUACCAUUGAUGUUAGAAAAAAAUAUCAUGUCAGUGUUGCCAUGUCAGCCCCCUCCUACCUUUUCCUUAAAGGUGUGUCCAUAUGUGUGUAACAAUUAAUGAAAUGUAAUGUAACUUAACGCCGCCCAGCCAUUGAAUAGUAAAAGAAGAGCAUAUUUUUUUUAAAAAAGAAUUGUAUAAAUUUGAAAAGGUGCAGCUAAUAUGCCCUUUCUUUCACUUAAAUUGCCAUAUUUUGUCCACUUGUGCAGCACUGACUUUUUGAUGCGGACUUGGAUGGAAAUGGUGUUUGAUUUCUUUCACUUGGAUUCAGAUAUGUGGCGUUAAGCUUGUUUGGUUUAAUUAAAAAAAAAAAAAAAAAAAACUGACAGAAAAGUGAAAACACACACCCAUGUGGUGUUUUGGGUGAGCGUUUAUCGAGCACACUCAGCGUAUGUGAAAGAAACAAAUACUGUUUAGAUUCAGGCCCUGCUGCGGAGGCCGUUGUUCACGGCCUACAGGUGUUAUGCCAAUGUCCUGCCCCCAGCCCCCCUUGUCUCAUUGAAAGUCCAGCUUGUUAAUGAUAAAUGAGGUGGUGUGUUUUUGCACGUAACACAGUUGGACUCUCAUAUAUUGCAUCAAUACAGCGAGGUAAAUGCAAUGCACUUGACUGCAUCGAAAAAUGACCUAUUUUAUGUAGUUCAUCAAUUUUUCAAGGCCUUUUCCUCUUGCUCUCUUUGAACGCACAUGCAUAUACAUACAGUAUGAGUAAGUAUUUAUAUGCACGCACAACCUUUAAAAGCUGCAGAAGAAUAUACAUAAACAGUAGUUUUUAAGUUAUUGCUGUCCUCGCCGUCUUUCCCUGCUUGCCUUGUCUUCUCACGGACCCACCACCUUCUUUAACUCUGCGACGUCCACCAAGACUCUAAACUGAAGUUGGUUUGGAAUUUUGUUCUUUAUGCCAGAUUUGCACCAUUUAACUUCGCAUCUUGUGAAGGUCUAGAAGGUCCGUGAGCUGAACACAAUACAGGCUGAAGCCGCCGACUAAGUGCAGCUAAAAAUAGCAGUUUGUUGAACCUUAGAGCUACUUGGCAGUAGUUUGGAGUCUGUGGAACAUGUAUCCGGGUAGUUUUGGCUUGUAAAAAUCAACAGCGACAGCUAAGUUUAGGUGUUUACCUUCCACUGUGGCAGGUAGGGCAAACACCUUUACAUCCUGCUUUGUUUCUUGAGAUGUUGCUUGUCAGCCUUUUAGCUAACAGUGUUUUAUUAGUCCGGUUCAGUCUCCUCCUGCUACUCAUAUGGCUGGAGAAACCGAACCAGGCCAGGAAUCUGAGAACAAAGGUUGCUGUCCUUUUCUCUGUCUGUGUCUGUUAGGAAGGGUAAGAGGUUACUGUGCCAGUUGUUGUAUAUCCUGAUAGAAAGAGAAAUGCCGUUGAGAUUUUGGUAUCUGUGGAAUCUUUCUAGAACUUUACAUUACAGGCAGGCUGAACAGUUCGUCUGUGUUCGACAAGCACUUUGCAUGAAGAGUUAAGAGUAGCAUCAGCAUCCCUGAACCAGACAGCUUUGUUUUGGGCUCCUGCAUUACAUCCUGGCUUUUAGACUCUGACCUGCUUAUUUUCCUGAUUGUUACACAGUGCUUUUCAGCACAUGCAAGGAGGAGAGGAACCUUGAGUGAUUAGACCCAAACACUGAAAAACUUCUGUCGUGCUGAGCAUUUCUUUAUCUUUCAAAUCACCUCAGUACAAAUGACUUUUGUCUGGCUGAUAAAUUUGUCUGUGGUCUACUUCUCCAGCCACUUUAUUAGAUUAAUCAGUCCCACUUGACAGUUUCCUGUCCUACUGCAUUUACCUUUUACAAAGUCCAAAACCUACUGUUUGAGACCUGCAAAUUGUUAUUUUCUCCAAAUACAUCAGGUUUACUUUCUUUUAUUGGCAUCACAUCAAAACCAGAAAGCAUUUCAGGUAGUCUAAUGUUUAGGGGAAAAAAAUCUCGAUUUCAGCUGGUGUCAUAUAUGUCCCACGAUGGCUGCCAAUCUCUGCCGAGCUCGUUCGCUGUAGCGUUUUCCAGCUAAAUGUCUGAAAGCUUCAAAGUGUUCAGUGGUUUUGACCUUCAAGAGCACCUGAAGUGCGGCAAAAGAAACCUGGCCCUUUAUACACAAACACCAGACCUUCUUCUGGUGCUGCCUGCUCUCUCUAGGCCUUCCCAGUUCUUGGCUCGGACUCUGAUCAACCCGUGUGUUACAACAUUUAAACAUCUUCCGCAUGUGUUGCCUUAUAGCUGCUCCAUUCAACCCAAACUGCGCUUCAGGCGACGUUUACCUUGUCUCACUCGGCCUUUUACAUGCUUAUAAAAUAAUGAAAUACUUCUUUACCUGCCAUGACUUUGGUGGUCAGCAUAAAGAUUACAGUAAGGUGUCUCGUUUUCCAAAGCUGCAAAGCGCAGCGUACUCCAUGUCUUCGUUAACACAGACGAGGAAGAUGUCGCCUCCUCUCCUGUCACGUACUGGAUGGUUCUAGUUGUUGUCAAUGCUGUUUCAAUACUCUCAUAGGUUACACGUGGAAGAAUUUAUUCCAAAAUGACACAUCCAUUAUAUGAAGAAAUGAAAUGGUCUCAAAUUCAAAUCGAGGUACUUUUGAAAAAGGACAGUCGUUAACUUAAAUCCCUGUUCCACAAAGUGAAAACACAGACUGAGUCGUCCUGUAUAUUUUCCAGAAACAGAUGAAGGAUUAUUUUCUUCUCCGAAUGGAUAUAUCGUGAUUUGGAAUAGAUUUUUUCAUCUACUAUAUCUUAAAUGUCUUUAAGUGGUGGAUAGAAGUGACUCUUGCAGUUGGUAGAUGUGUGAGGUAUUAGGCUGCUAGGCGAUGUUUCCGACCGUUGAUAGCAAAGUUUUUGUUCUUUCUUUCUUUCUUUCUUUCUCUUAUCGGGUAGCACAACUCAACUUAGUGGCCUAUCUUUCAACCAAAUAGGGCUCUUGAUUUUACUAUUUGACUUUUUUUUAAGCUUCCCCCCACCUUUUUGAAUUGCUUUACAUUUAUAUGUGAUGUAAUUUUCAGUGCUAGAUUUAAGUGGCACUAAUUGGAUUAAAAGGAAGGAUCCUUGUUUAAAUGUGUUGAUCAAGAUGCUCAAUGAAUUUGUGCUUUUUACGCAUUUUUUUUCCUUUGUACUGUACUUUAAUACUUUUUUUGAAAUAUGCAUAAUAAUGUUAAUGUGAUGCUGUUUAUUUGAAUGCCAUUUUUUAAAUAGUCCAAUAUGGGUUUGAUCAGAAGGCAGACUGACAGAUUUUAACGUGUCAAGGCUGCAGUUUUGUCUGUUUUAAUGCUAAUAUGAAUUAUGUACAUUGUAUUGAUGGUAAUGAUGAGGACGUGGAGGAUAACGAUGACAUUGUAAUGUAUCUGAACUUCUGAAGCAUGUUUUGCAAACCCUUAUUGUACAGAUUAUGUAUUCAGUGUCAUGUUACCUGUUACUGUUGUUGCUUUCUGUGUGUGUGUUUCUUGUACAAGGCUUUUAAUUAAAAGCUCUUUGAAAAGCA